CAAGGAGGCCGUCUGGGGGGCCGGCCGGGACGCGCGCAAUGGAUGAGCGCCGAAAUUAUCUCAGUGUGGCCACAGCAGCCUUGAAAGCCCAGCAUUUGGCACUGGAGCAACGGCCGCGUGUGAGUCGCGGUCUAACGCCACUUCCUGGUCUCUUGGGCUCCAGAGUGGAAGGUCCAUCUGGAAAAGGAGACAAUGUGCCGCGGAUUUUCAGUCCGCCUCACGGGCGUUCACGCGAGACUGAAGAGCAGCCGCGCCUAGCGUCAGCUGUCAUGGCACCCGUGGCACCGCCGGCGCCAGCGGUGCCCAUGGAACCAACGGCACCCAGGCCUCCCGCAAUGGCUGCGUUCGACAUGAACAGCGAUCCCUCGGAAGGCGAUGAAGAGUCGGAGGAAGAGGCUGACAGGACAGCGAACAGCGAACAGCGGCAGAUUUGGUUGGAGGAUUUGGUUGGAGGAUUUGGUUGGAGAAUCCAAGAGAUUGGCAAUGGACUGGUGAUUUAA